AUGGCGGAGGCUGUGGCAGACGGAACGGAGGGAGCGGAGAAGAAGGCGGCUGCGGGUACUUCGGUUGCCCCGGUCUCCUUCAGCUUCACUCGGACCACAGGGCGGAGGCGGCUUCUCGCCGUGACGGGGAAAGCGGAUGGGGAAGAGAAACAAGAACUCGAUUUCCUUCGCGCCGUUGAGGGGCGGGAGCUACAAAGUGUUCGGCCAGCCCCACAGCCCAAAGAGCUUGUGAUCCCCCUGAUUCGGAAAAACCAAUGGAAUAAGUCAGCAGACUCAGCAUCCGUCCAGAAUCUCAAUGAAAGUGAUGGAGUGGAGGCCCAAGCAGUCAGAGAGCUUAUCGAGGAAUCCAAGAAGUCGCAGGAGCAAUGGGAGAGCGGCUCCAAGGUCGACCCUGCAUUUGCUAUCCCCCUCCUCAUGCAGAAUCGUGUCCCUGGUGGCUUUGAGGACGGAGAGAAAGUGGACGUUGCUCUCCGUCCAGAAUCGUCAACGGAGGCAGAUUACGAAGAGGUGCCAGUGGAAGCCUACGGUGUUGCCAUGCUGAAGGGCAUGGGCUGGAAGGCAGGUGAAGGCAUCGGGAGUACCUUCAAGCAGGAUGUGAAGCCACGAGAGACUCAACUUCGGCCCAAGGGUCUGGGCCUUGGAGCUGACCGCUCAGCUGCCCAGGAUUUGCUGCCUUCCGGACCCCGGCGACCCCCAAAGCCGGGCGAGGAACAGUCAAAGAACAAGGAUGAGCCAUUGGGAUUGGUGACGGGAGGUGCCGUUUUCAUUGAGACCGGGCCCCACAAGGAGCUCUAUGGAAAGAUCGAAGGCACAGAUGCAGAUAACGCUCGUGUCAUGGUGAAGCUGGCCAUUGGUGGCAAGAUAGUGACUGUGAGCCAGCACGGAGUUCGCCCGGUCACCCAGAAGGAAUACGACAAGUUUGCCAAAGACCUCAGCCGCCUCAGCAAGGCCCACAAAGAGAAGGAGGAAGAAGAAAGGAAUGGGACCAAAUAUGACUCGGAGAGCAGGGCCGCGCAGGCUGCGCCAGACAGAAAGGAGGAGAGAACCAAAAAGAGGAAGCAUCCAGCAGAGACUGAAAGAGACGAAUGCUUGGGAAAGCAGAGCAAGACGGGCGUCGGCAGCCAUUCGUCAUCCAAAGGGCCCCACUGGCUGCGGCGAGAUCUGCGAGUCCGCUUUGUGGAUAAGCUGUACAAGGGGGGCAAAUACUACAAUACAAAAAUGGUCAUCGAAGAUGUCCUGAAGCCAGAUACUUGUGUCUGCCGGACAGAAGAGGGCCGGAUUCUGGACGGCAUCCAGGAGUCCAUGCUGGAGACUGUGAUUCCUCGGGGAGAGUCAGACUGGGUGAUGGUGGUGCUGGGCGAGCAGGCUGGCCAGGUGGGCCGCAUUCUGCGUCGAAACAAGGACCAAAGCUGUGCACUGGUGCAGCUACAGAGGGACGAGGACACGCUGUUGACCUUAGAGUAUGAUGCCGUUUGCCACUAUGUGGGUGGCUUGGAGGACGACUGAAGGUUGCUGGCCCUCCGUUAUGCACAACAUCUGCACCAAACCCCCCCCAAGAUGGUCAAGGACAGAGCCCUCCCAUAACUCAUCUCUUACAGUAUUGGAAAACCUGAGCACCCUCGAGGACACGGUGGCCUCCUCCCCAGGGCAAAAUGCCUAGAAUGAUCCUCGCACAGCUCUUGAGUUGCAAUUUGAGUAGGCUCUGGGUGCAAGGAGUCCUGCCCGGUAACAUGCGCAGGCUCUUGCUUUUCUAAGCUGUUGCUGGGGUUUGUAGAACGUGGAGGACCUGCCAAGAUUCUAGAGCGAGAACCUACGUAACAAACGUCAUCUGGAGCAAAGGCAAACUGUGGCAAGUGGCCACUGGCUUGCUCUAGAGCAGCAGAAGAUAGGCUGGCCCUACCCGAGCCCGAAGCUGGAUUUGGCUCAGUUGCCACCGUGGGGCGUCUUCUCCGCUCUAGAUUUUUAAAAUGUCCUGUAGACAACGGCAGCUGUGAUUUGCCUGACGGUCAUGGGAUGGAGGCUAAUACCACAGACACCUUGCUUCUAGCAAAACGCUAGUUGCUUUGGAUAUUUACUGGGCGGGGAACAGAGAGCAUAUAUUUUGAACCUGCAUUUUCCAGAGCGGUGCGCAUCAGUUGCCGGCGAGAAUCAUGAAGGCAGGUCUGCAGGAGAAGAUCUUGAAGCAAGUUAACGUGGCAAAGUGUCCUAGAAUCCUUUUAGGGUCCUGAGCGAAACCGAGCUCGAUGGGCCAUCCCGACAGAAUGCCUUUAAAGUUUCCAGGUCCUUCCGGAUCCUGAACUGGAGAGGUCAGCACUGGGAUGGUUGAUGCGUCUUUUUGAAAGGGGAGCUGCUUGUUUGGAAGUUGUGUCUUUGUGCUGACCCCCCCUCCCCCCGGUGUGAGAUUCAUGCAUGCGAGGACACUCUUCUCAGCGGCUGGGGAGACAACCUUGGCAGAGCCAGGCUACCACACAAACCAGCUUCCAUUGGUUUUAUUUAAGGAGACUUUUUUUUUUUUGUAAAUUGUGCUGUAAACGAAAUAAACACCCUCGUUUUCUUCCUA